GUGGGAGCUAAUGGGAGUGAGGGGCGGUGUUGUUGGGGGAGACCGGCGGUUUAACUGACCGAGGGGUAACUGCUGAAGGAAGGAAGGAUCCCGUUAUGGACGACACGGAGGUAGCCGAAGCCCGUUGCGUCUUCAGAGGCAUAGAACACAUUCUACGUGUCCGUAACACAGGGGAUCGGCUGGAAGUGGAGGUGGAGGAUGCUCUGACUACGGACCAGUGGAGGGGGGAGUUUGAUGCUGAAUUUGUAGAAGACCUCACUCACAAGACGGGAAACUUUAAGCAGUACGCCAUCUUUUGCAACAUGCUGCAGUCCGCUCUUACUCAGAGCAGCGAAUCUGUAACACUAGACCUUUUGACGUAUGCGGAUCUGGAGUUGCUUCGCCACAGGAAAGCUGGAGGAGCGCAACGUUCAGCUCCCCCCGCCAGAAGCUCUUCUCUUACAUCCAAGCGAUACUUGAUACUUAUCUACUCAGUAGAAUUUGACAGGAUACAUUAUCCCCUUCCACUUCCCUACGUUGGGAAACCAGACCCUGUCUACUUAAGACAAGUGAUUCGAGGAUUGAAGGACGAGCUUGCUGCCCUGAAACUAGCACCAAGUGAGGAGAGCCGGGAGACGGAGAUCCGGCGACUGCGAGAAGAGCUCCAGCGGGUGACGCAGGAAAAACAAGAGGCAGAUUUUGCGUUCCAGAGGCUGCAGGACCUUGAAAUUCCUAAUGGUAAAGAAGCCAGUCACAUGCGUAUCCUGAAGCGAGCGGUGCAGACGUUAGAGGUAGAGCUGCAGAAAGAGAGGAGCAGGAGUCAGCGGCUCGCAAGCAAGAGGAAGGAGGAAUGCGGGCAGUUAACAGAGCAGCUGGAAGAAUUGCGAGCAGUGGAGAGAACCCUUCGUCUGAAAGUAAAAAGUCUAAGCACAGAACUGGCUAUGUAUAAAAGAGGACGUGUGACCCCUUCAGGCCCGUCCCCACAGAGUCGCUCCAGUUCUGCUGGUCGGGGGCCUAUUCAUCGUAGUUCAUCGAGGGGAGAGACUGUUACAAGAAGAGAGAGGUCCACCUCUCGGGAAAGAAGUGGCGUUAGCUCCCGAGAGGGUAGGAGCCUCACUAGGCAGCCAAGGUUAUCACCCUCGCCUGUGGCCAUCCGACCUCCUCGGUUUGAUCCAACCGCCUAUGUUAAAGACAAGGCGCGUAGGCAGAAAGAAGUGGACACUAAAAAAUGUCGACGGGUUUCCAGUUCCCCUUCCAGUGUGAGAGGCCAGAGACGCAGCUCAUCAGUUGAAAGUAAUGGAAGUCACCGAUCGUAUCAAAGCUCUGGGGAUGAAAUGGACUAUCCUGAAGCUCUGCGCAGCAGGGGUGAAAGAAAACCGGCAGCACAGGGACGGCAGCCCUUCACGCGUUCAUCCUGGAACAGCAGAAGUAACGGGAAGAAAGAUCGAUUACCUGUAAAGAAGAGGCUUUCCAGCACUCCAACUUAUGACCGAAAGAUUGAGAAAGAAAACCGCUUUGACCCACUUUCUGACCUUUCGGACAUUGACUCUCGACUGCAAGCGUUGCAGGAUUACAUGAGAAAUCUGGAUACACGCACCUAAGAUGGCAACUCCGGAGUGGCGAUGAAUUUGGACAAUCUGCCGGCUUCCGAGUUUUAAGACGCAGUGAAACUGGCAACUGAUUUCAGAAACGAAAUGCAUUAUAAGUGUGGAUUUUUACUCUGCUAAAUUAUAUAUAAUCAGGGGAAAAAGAGAAAAGCUUUAUCGGAGGCUUUUCCUUCGUGUUUCAUCAUUGCUGAACUGCGUCAGUGAGUGCGCAAAAGUAUCCUGCAAUGAGCUGUCACGUGGAUGCAGUAAGGUCUCAAUGAUAAUAGACGUAAAAACGGACAUUGCAGCUCCUGUUCUAUAGAAGUCUUUGUGUAUAUGUAUUUAUGUGUGAAAGGCAUUCCUGAGUUGUUCGUACCCCUAAUGCAUCAGUUGAACGUUAAGGGUACGUGCACACAGUGCAGAUUUGUGUGCAGAAAAUCUGCAAGAAAGCUGCACAUAACUGCGCACUACUAAUGGUGGUUUUAGUGCGGUCUUUGGUGCGGAUUCUCUGCUUCUGUUAACAACUCCAUUGAAGUCUAUGGGGAAAACCACUCUACAGAAGGUGCGGGAUCACAGACAAUUGAGGUGGGGACUUUAAAAUCUGCACGGCAGGUCAAUUUCCGCACAGAAGAAAAAAAAAAAAGCAAAGUUUACAGGAGAAUUGUCAGAUCUCGUUCACUUUGCUGGUACUGUAUCCGUGGAGAGAAAACGCACGUUAUCCGUGUUCUGUUCACAUUUGCAGCACUGCUUCCAUUUAUAUCCGAGCCCUGACCGUUAAGCCGGGUCCGUUCUUAAACGGAUAUCCGUGAACCCCCAGCAGCACCCAUUUGCUUGUUAUAUUUUUGAUGACCAGAAUAGCGUUGCAGACUGCACUACUGUUGCUAUAAAAGCUGACGACCACCACGACAGCGGCUCUCAAUGCAAAUGUGAACAGCACCUAACCUACAUCUGUGUAAUCCAGUUAAACCGAGUAGGUAAACUGGACCAGUGUUCAGCUGAGACCAGUUCAAAACUGAGCAUGCACAUAGCCCAAAAAAGGGGAUCUUAAAGGGGGUAUCCAAUCCCUAUAGUGACCCCUAGAAUGCCCGUGCCCCUCCUCUAGAGUAUACUUCUCCCCGGCACCCGCGUCCCUCUGGGUCCCUGCACGGCCGCCGCAUCUCCCCAUCACUGGAUGUUUUGAUGCAGAGGCAGCCAUGCAGGGAUCCGGAGGGACGCGGGUGCCGGGUAAGUAUGCCCUAGAGGAGGGGCCUGGGGGUCAUUAUAGGGAUUGGAUAACCCCUUUUAAAGGGGUUGUACUGAAUUACAAAAGAAUCCCUGCUUUCUUCCAAAAAGGUUUAAUCCUGUCGACAGGAUUUGUGUGGCAUUGCAGCUCAACCCCAUUUCCUUUAGAGCUCGUGCACACAAACGUGUUUUUCUUCUUUUUUUUUUUUUUUUUUUUUUUUGCAGAUGGUACACUGACCUCUUCUUUCCUUUUGGGGCCAUGCACACAUCCACAUUUUUGUGCGAAUCUGUGUGGCCGCUCCACAGAUGAUAGAACAUGUCCUAUUCUGGUCCAUUUUGAGGACAAGAAUAGGAUGUCUAUUGAUGGGAGUGAGAAGAAUGCAAAAUGCACAGAGAAGGAAACCCAAUUUUCCGGAUCCGUGGAUUACGGACCAAAUUCCGGUCACGUGCAGGAGACCUUAAUGGGGUUGAGCUAUAAUACUGCGCACAACCAUGGACAGGUGUAGGGCUGUUUACAGAAGACGUCUGCCAUGCUUUUGACAUCCCGUACAACCUCUUAAAUAAGUGACUUGUAUAAUGGGAGAUGCAGAGACCACCAACAAUGUUGAGCUCCUUUCCAUCUUUUUAUGGUCACUUUCUAAUCCAUGAGAUUUUAGUAAAUAGGGGGCGGCACAGUAUUGUUGAGGUUCUAGCUGCCAUACAAUUAAGGCCUCAUGCACACAACUGUAUUUUUGGUCCGCAUCCGAUAUGCAUUUUUUGCGGGUUGGAUGCGGACCCAUGCAUUUCAAUGGGGCCACACAAAAUGCUGUCCACUUCCAUUUGUCUGUGCCGUAGUCCCGCGAAAAAGAGAAAAUGUCUAAUACCUGUUUGUUUUGCAGACCAGGAUAGGGCAUUUCUAUUGAAGGGGAAACGGAAAUGGUGGCAUACACAUGGGCAGUAGUAUUCCGUGUUUUACCUAAAAAAACAACAACAACAAAAAACACACACAUGGUCGUGUGCAUGAGGCCUAACAUUGAAACCUCCAUUGUAAAUCUAGGACCUCUUAGUAGAGUUUCUAUUAUAGUCCAUUGAUUUGGUCAUGAUCGGGUUAUUCCGGCACUACACACAUUGCCGUCUUGUUGCUUGCUCGUCAUUGCUGCGGAUACCAGUGAGGUGAAUUGUACGGUGAUAUCUGCGGCAUUGCAAAUAUUUGCUUAUGUCACCUGAUUUAUUUUCUUCCCCUGCCUGAAACUGAUUAGUCGUACAGCCUAGAUAAAACGAGAGAGUGCUAGGAGGGGCUUCUCUGCUGAUCAUCCUGGGUUUUAUGUUUUGGUGGGUGGACGGGAAUUUUUUAUUUAGAUUUUUUUUAUAAUGUGAGAUUUUAUUUAUUUGACUUGAAUUUUCAUGUUCUGAAUGUGAGUUGAAAUAUUUGGUUUU